UAAAAGCAACAAAACAUGUGCUAAAUAUUUGAUUACUAAAGCAGAAAAGAGAGCCGAAAAGAGAGCUGAAAAUGCUAAUAUUGAAGAUAUUCCUAUGGAAAAAAUUUCUUUUAAAGAAAUUAGUGAUUAUAUAACUGAUAGCAUAGAGCAAAAUGAAAACCCUAUUAAUUUUCACAUUAUACUUGAUGAAAAUAUACUUAGUAUUGCUGAUAUAAACAUUAAGCUAAUGGCCAAAUUGAUUGUUGACGAAAUCAAAGAAGGAGAUGGCUAUAAUUGGAUGUAA